UCCAGGUAGAAGCCCAACCACAGCCCAAAGCUGAUCUAUUCCAUCAAGAUUGGGUAUUUCCUUUCCCCACGAUCCCCUCAACGACGCCGCCGCCGCCGCCACUCCACCACCACUCCCUCGCCGUCGCCGUGGUUGCUCCCGCCCCUACUCCGGUGAUCAAACAAUGGCGAUGGAGCUGGAGCGCGCCACCAAGAAGAGGCGCGGCGGCAUCGACGACCUCCCCGACGACCUCAUCGUGGAUAUCCUCUCGCGUCUCCCGGCCAAAUCCGUCUGCCGCUUCAAGUGCGUCUCCUGGCGCUGGCGCCGCCUCAUCUCCCACCGCGACCACCGCAAGAAGCUCCCCCACACGCUCUCCGGCUUCAUCUCCCGCUACUACGGGCCCCUCAACGACGACGAGCUCGUCUCGAUCCCCCAUUUCGACAGCAUCGAUGGAGGAGAAGAAGAUGAAGAGGAGCACCGCCUUGUUCCUGACCCUUCCUUGUCCUUCUUGCUUGGAUACAUGUCCAUCUCUCCCAAGGAUUGCUGCAAUGGCCUUCUCCUCUGUUUGUGUUGCAAGAAUUCCCCGAGAGAUGAAUCCGAUUACGUGGUCUGCAACCCUGCCACUCAGAGAUGGAUCAUCUUGCCCGAGAUCGACGAUUACGACCAGCUCGCCUCCAUCCGUCUGUGUUUCGAUCCGGCAUUGUCACCCUACUUCCAUGUCUUUGCAAUCCUGGAGGAUGCGGAUGGAUGCAUAACCGGCGUGGAGAUUUUCUCGUCGGAGACGGGCGGUGGAGCCACAGGGAGAAUGGUUGGGUUGACCAAGAUGAUCACAUGGUGCGUCCCGACGCCAAGUCUGUGUUUGUCGAUGGCAUGGUGAAUUUCAUCUCCUUCAGAUCCGCGAUCAUAGCGGUUGACAUGGAGGGGAAGAAGUGGAAGACUAUUCCUUUUCUAGAACAAAUGAAUUGUCAAUGCUUCUGCAGCGGGAAUCUUGCUUUCAUAGGCCAAUCCCAAGGACACUUGUAUUACAUCAAUUCCAGGAAUAGGGAUUCCUCUAUAUUGUCAGUCUGGACUCUUGAUGAUUACUGCAGCCGCCAAUGGUCCUUCAAGUACAACAUUAGCACCUCCCAGCUUUUCGGAUGGACGAAUAUGAGGCUUGAACGGAAGUACAACCUGAUUGCAAUUCACCCAGACUGCAAUAUGAUUUUCUAUGUUUCCCGGGACGAGGGCCAGAACACGCUGCUAUCAUAUGACAUGGAUCGGGGGGAAAUUAACUCGAUAUGCAAUAUAAGAGAUCCCUUUUGGAAUCCCUGGGAUCCUUGUCUCCCGUAUGUCCCCGUGUUCAUGGAGUCAUUGCCCGAUCAUGCCUAGAUGUGUUGGCAGCUCAUAAAAGAACAUUUUGGUUGGCUAAGUUUUGCUGUUGGUGAUCAGUGAAGAAAAGGUUGAUCCACUGGUGGAUUUUCUCUAGUUUUCGAAGAAAAAAGAGUUGCUUUCCAGCCAAAAGUUGCCAGAGUUAUUGAUUACCGAAUUGGUAAUUUUGCUCUUCCAUUUACUCUGUUUACCUGUUUACUCAUAGAGCAGAGUAAGUGGGGUAUAUUAAGUUGUGACCUUGUUAAAUUCAUGGUUUAGCACUAUGGUAAGCCUAUUUGAUUUUGUACUGCUUCCUUGUGCUGAAUCUGAUGAAUCAUGAUGGUUUGUGAAGAGAGAGCUUGAGAUGGUACUUGGUGUA